AUGGAAUUGUCUAGAAUUUCUCUCGAUCUUUAUUCUAUUAGUAUUUUGACUAAUUGCUUUUGCCAUCUGGACCGCGUGGAUUUUGGGUUCUCUCUUAUUGGGAAAAUCUUCAAACUUGGCUUUCAGCCUGACAUUAUAACGCUUAAUACGUUAAUCCAUGGGCUUUGUAGAGAGGAUAGAUUUGAUGAAGCUGUGGAAUUAUUUGAUGAAAUCGUUGCAAAAGUAAUGCUUGAGGAAGGUUGUGAACCUAAUGUGGUGUCAUAUAAUGCUAUCAUUGACAGCCUUUGUAAGGAUAGAUUGGUGACUGAAGCUUUGCAGCUCUGCUUGAAAAUGAAGAGUGAAGGCAUCUCUCCGAGCAUUGUGACCUACAACUCUUUAAUCUAUGGUCUGUGCAAUUCAGGCCGAUGGGAAGAAGCUUCUAUGCAGCUCAAUGAAAUGUUGGAUGCGAACAUCGCACCAGAUUUAAUUACCUUCAACAUAUUGGUUGAUGGACUUUGUAAGGAAGGAAGGGUUUCCAAAGCUCAUGGCAUAGUCAAAUGGAUGAUUGAUGAUGCAAAGAGGAUAAAGACGCCUGAUCGAACAUCGCACAAGAUUAAUUACCAUUCACAUAUUGUUGAUGGACUUUGUAAGGAAGGAAGGGUUUCCAAAGCUCAUGGCAUAGUCAAAUGGAUGAUUCAAAGAGGAAUAAAGCCUGAUGUUGUGACUUACAGCUCUUUGAUGCACGGAUAUUGUCUACUCAACCAAAUGGAUCAAGCUAGGGAAGUUUUUGACACGAUGCUAAGCAAGGGUGAUACACCUAAUGUUGUUACCUACAGUAUGUUGAUUGACUGUUACUGUAAGAGAAAAAGGAUAGAUGAAGCGAUGAGGCUUCUUUAUGAAAUGUCUUGCAAAGGAUUGAUUCCUGAUCAUGUCACUUAUGGUUCUCUUAUAGGUGGCUUGUGUAAAGCGAAGAGCCCUCAGGCUGCAUAUAAGUUUUUCAAAACCUUGUGUGCUAGUGGCCAUUCUCCAAAUGUGGUAACUUACUCGAGUUUGAUAGAUGGCUUUUGUAAGCAUCGGUGUCUAGAUAUGGCGUUGACCCUAUUUCAUCAAAUGCAAAAGAAUUUAUUGAAGCCCAAUCUUAUUGUCUAUAAUACCUUAAUUAAUGUAUAA